CGUUUCCGCCACCUACUUCCGGGAACUAUCUGAAGUCUGCCUUUUGGACUUCCGUUGUCGCGACCGCGCUUCUGAUUCGUCAGUCAAACAAAGGUGCGUCACACACACAGCGGCGCUCUCAAAUUGUUUGUCGCAGCAUUGGCCGCUGACGAGCUGGCAUCAGUCGUUCACUGCCGAGUUCACCUGAUUCAUGAAGUCGUCGCGUCGCCGGAGUCCAGAGCACUUUCUGAAGAGUGAUGAACAAAGCGAGAUACAAUGGAAAAGGAGGGGCCAAUCAACUUCAAAGCUCUGAGGGCCAAGUUUCAGGAAGAGGCCCUUCUGGCUAAAUCCAAAAUCAGACGACCAGCUGUUGCGGAUAAACCCAAACAUCUUCCCCCUCCUGGAGGUCACAGCAGCUCCGUGGUCAGCAACAUUAAUAUUGCUGCGGAAAACAAGGCACCGGUGGUUCCCCGGAUCUUUUUCAGAGACGGCCUGCAGGCGUCUGGAGGCAAGCGACCGAUCUCCUUUCCACCACAACUACGGCAGACCUCCCCCCAAACCCCUAAUGGAGACGGCUCAACAAGGCAGUCCCUCAAAGAGCGACACAUGCCUCUGGUGCUUCCUGUCUUGCCUGUAAAAGAGCAACAGACCGGAUCGCCUGUCAGAAAGGAGCACAGACCAGCACCAGAGCCAGGAAAAGAACUCCUGCCACAAACUAAAAUCAAGAGGAAGGGUUUGCUGCUUCCUUUCAAGUCGGCCAAAGCAUCUAAAGCCAGGGGAGAAAAUGGAGAGGAGCCCACUUAUGCCGAUUUAACCACGAGACCUUCGAGUGCUCCGGGCGAGAUGCCCUCGGUGGAAAAACAGACCGCAGAGGACGGCGUUUCACUCCAAAGUGACCAAUCAACCGCCGAGUGCCCCCCCUCGAGCCCAGAUAUACCGAUCACCCCUCCCUCCUCGGAGACGAGUGUCGACUCCGACAGCAGAAUCGCUAACACCUUGGACAGGGCCAAGAAAAAGUUCUCACGCCGGCAGAUGUUGUUAUCCGCUAAACCCAAGAGCCGGCGUUCCCCCGACUACACAUCCGGAGACAAGGCGUUCCCUUUGCCGCCAAAGAACAUUGACCGUGUUGAGCCUGACCUCCCCGUACCCCCACCAGUCUGUCUCCCACACCUGGCUUGUAUUUCAGCCCGGCCUUUCUUCAAAGCCAACAACUCUGCACGUAAGCCAGCAUUAGCCAAGCAGUUGGGCAGGGGUCAAGCUGAACUUCCUUCUGUGAGGACGAGUGAACCUCAUCCACCUCCCGCUCCUCCGAAGAAACCUCUAGCUGACCUGAGCUCACUGGGACGGCUGCCAGCAAAGCCCCCUAGACCUUCACUAGUAGACCUUAGUCGGUACCGUCUACCCACAGUCCAUGACGUGCCACCGAGUUUUAGCCAAGCAUCGACGGCAGAGCCAGAGUCCGGGCCUCCAUCUAUCUCAAAUCCCGUGCUGGAGGCUCCAGAGUUCCCAGAGUUUGAUAAUGCCGAUGUGGAAGCUGCAGAGGGAGAAUCUGUUGAUAUUGCUGCUCUAGAAUUGGGGGCUCUAGACUUUGUCAGCUCUGACCUUCCCCUUCCAGUGGACUUUGGGGUCAAAGAUUUUGAGGCUUCCCUGCCCGAUUCACUGAUGUGCGAUCCCGCAGAGUCCAGCGCGAGCUCCAUCGUCAUGCACAAUCUGAACGUCGGCAGUCAAAACAUAAUACCCCUCGAUCCAGCCGGCUUCCCUGAACCAAUAAACCUUUCAGAGUUCCCAGAGCCGUGGUCUCAGAGCGAGGAGGCCGUUGUAUCUCCACUUUCUAACUCUCACAUCGAUGAGACUGACCUAGGAGCUGCCGAGUGCCACUCUGUCCCAGAGGACACAGAGCUUAGCACACAUGCAGCAACGAACAAUGUUAUUCAGCCUCAUCCGAGUGUGUCUCAACAGGACAGUUACUAUGAGACAUGUGAUAAUGUGUACGAGGAUGUUGAAAACAUCCACAGAGCCAUCUUGGCCCAGAAUUCACGUAAACGCAAAGCUGGUCUGAAGAAUCCAUACGCUGACAAUCACCCAAAGGAGGAGGCGUCUCUUCACAUUUGGCCGCGGAAUCCAUGGGGCAGUGUAUCAGGAGAACAUGGUCAUUCGGCCUAUAAUCAUGUCCACAGCAAGGAACGCCAAAGCCCCAACACCGCUGACUAUAAAGAACAGAAGAAGAGGGAGAAGCAGCGAUUGGAGAAGGAGAAGAAGGAGCAAAAAGAAAGGGAGAAGAAGGAGAAUGAAAUGAAAAAGAAGUUCAAGGUGAGCGGCGAGGAGGAGCCCAUGUACCACGCCAAGGUGACGGUGGCCAGUAAAGUCCGCAAGAACGACCUGCCGGUGAAGAGCGGGGACACGGUCAGCAUCAUCCGCACCACCAACUGCCCCAAAGGCAAAUGGUUGGCUCGAGACGGCAGCCAUAAGUAUGGUUAUAUUUCAGUCAUGAAUGUGGAGCUGAAUAUCAAGGAGAUGCUGGAACUUGGGAAGAAGGCCCAAGCAGCGGGACGAGGAGGAGGCAACCUGGAGGGCGACACCAUCAGCAUCGGGAGCAGAUCCUCCAGUCACCUUGUACUAACAAGCAGCUUCACAGACGACAGUGAGGAGUGGGCCUGUGAAGACGAGACCCUCUCUCCCACAAAUGAGAGCCAUAGUUUUCCCCAGCAGACCUCCUCCAUGUCUGAGAUGUCCUGUAGCCAUGUCAGCGCCCAGCACACUCUGAGCGACGCCAACCUGGAGGACCUACACACACAGACCAGACAUGAAGCCCUGCAGAAACUAGCCAUCUUCUUUCAACACGGCAAGGAUGAGUUUGUGGAUGUAACUGAUGGUGAAGGAGCAACACCCACAAAUGCUGAACCGCCAGAUUUCUUGUGUGCUGUUGAAGAGCCUCCGUAUCCUGAGCAGGAGGUAGACUUCACAGACCUGGAACUUCUACCUCCCCCACCACUAUACGCUGACGCCUUCUGAUGACCAUCAGCCAAAGCUGCGAAUUUCAGUAAAAAUGACUUUUUUUGUUUUUUCAUAAACUCUUAUAGUGGAGAAAAAACAUGAUCAUGAAUGAGUAAUGAACCUACUGAUGUGACUGUCUAAUAAUCCAAAUGUCACCCUUUUUUUUGUUUUUUGUGCCAAUCGGUGCAUUUUCACUGUGUUCUGCACUUUUUCUUUCUUUCUCUGAAGUUGCUGUUAAAAAAGAGCAAAUGGUGCACAAAUUAGUUCAUCGCACUUUGUCCAGAAGAGCAAUCACAAAGUAACCAACUAUUCACUUGUAGCUCAUGGAUGUGUUUUGUGAAUAUGUUCUUUGCAUUUGGAUUUGGUUUGUGUCUAAUAAAAAUUUGU